AUGUCGAUUCCUAAAUCCGAGUACCUCAGCAACACCUGGGCCGACGGCAUAUUUGCCAACCGAGUCCUGUUCAUCACCGGCGGCGCCGGCACCAUCGGCAGCGCGCAAACCCGGGCUCUCGUCCAUCUAGGUGCCAAUGCCUGCAUCAUCGGCCGUAACGUUGAAAAGACGGAGACCGCGGCCAAGGAGAUUGCCAAAGUCCGUAAUGGCGCCCGUGUGAUUGGCAUUGGCAACGUCGAUGUCCGGAACUUCGACUCGCUCAAAGCCGCAGCAGACCGUUGCGCAAAGGAACUAGGCUCCAUCGACUAUGUCAUCGCCGGCGCAGCAGGCAACUUCAUCUCCCCCAUCUCCGGUCUCAGCCCCAACGCCUUCAAAGUCGUAAUCGACAUCGACACCCUGGGCACCUUCAACACCAUCAAAGCCACCAUCCCGCACCUCAUCACCUCGGCCGCCGCCAACCGCACCCCCACCAACACCGCCCCCUCCCGCCUCCUCGCCGUGUCCGCCACCUUCCACUACACCGGCAUGCCACUGCAAGCCCACGUCUCCGCCGCCAAAGCCGCCGUCGACUCCCUCAUCGCGUCAGUCUCCCUCGAGUACGGGCCGCUGGGUAUCGCGGCGAACUGCAUCGCGCCGGGGGCGAUCGCAGGGACGGAAGGAAUGGAACGGUUGGCGAGUUCGCUGCAGGAGCAAGGGGAGAUGGAACGCGGGGUGCCGACGGGACGGUGGGGGCGGGUAAGGGAUAUUGCGGAUGCGACGGUGUUUUUGUGUAGUGAGGCGGGGAGUUAUGUGAGUGGGACGACGUUGAUUGUGGAUGGGGCUGGGUGGAGGAGACAGGGCGGGCAGGGGGUUGGGUUGGAUCCGGGGAUGAAGUAUCCGGAUUAUUUGGUGGAGGGGGUGGUUAGUCAGAAUUUGAAGGAUCCGAGGAAGGCGAAGGGGAAGUUGUGA